CGUUCGCAAAUAAGGAGAGGAUUGUUGAGAAAUUGGAACGGUCGCUCUCACGUCUUCGAAUUCGUGUAAAAUAUUGUAUCGUGCGCUUCGUACGCGCUUCAAAGAAUGUAACAUUGAAGAACGAUGAAAAGAUAUGAGAAAAGGAGCGUUGUAUUUAUUAAUCAAUCCUAAAUGGAUCAUUUCUUUUUUCCGAUUCGUUUCGUACUAUGCUUGUACGAUCGUUCUGUAAUACAUAUAUUCCUUCUUUCGAUGCAAGUUAUCGAGAACUGUACGUUUUUUCUUUUUUUUUUCCUUUUUUUUUUUCGAUUCGGCAAACAGAAUAUGUUCUUCCAUUUGUCUGCAAACGAUCAUUAUGUUGCGACCGACGUUCCGCAACGUAAUGCAAGUUCUCGCGUAUAAAAUUAAUACCAAAAUUAUACAUAGCACGUUAUAUGCGUUAUAUAGCGCAUGAGAGGCUAUGUUUCGCAAGCUGACUCAUUGAAAUUAAGCCGAUCGAAAUCGACCGAUCGAAAUGCAGCGAGAUUUAUCAGUUUGCUCCGACCGCAAUGAUGCAAACGAGAACAAAGCGACCGAGGAGAACAGCGAUUUGCCGGUUCAAGCUUGGAAGAUCCAGGAACAGGGACUACCAUUCGCCGAAUUGAAGAUACCAAAGGCCUGCAACUACGUUGGCAAGAAACCACCGGGACAGUUUGGCUGCAGUAGAUGCGGAAGAUCGUACAUGAGGAAAGAUUCGUUGCAGCGACACGUUCAUUGGGAAUGCGGCAAGGAACCUCAGUUUCAAUGUCCGUUCUGUCCUCAGCGAUGUAAACGGAAGGCGCAUUGGUUGCGACAUAUCCGCCGGCAACACCUGGACAAAAUCGGAGACAUGGAAGCCUAUUUACUAGCUUACACGCCGAAGCUUGAAAUCGACUAAGUGAAAAGUUCGAGGGAACGAUAUUUUCGAGCUCUGUUGAUCGAAAACUCGAACGAUCGACGAUCGGGGACUCACUUUAUGCUACGAUUGUCCAGAAAUUCAUUGCGAUCGAUCUUUUACGUCUGCCAUUUACUUUUUCCUUCCUACUCUGCGCCAGCAUUCGAAAAACAACAUGGAUUUCUUGCGUUAGACUGGUAACAUUCGCGUAUACUUGCUUUCUUUUUUUUUUCGAUGUUACCAGCAACGAGACAAAUGGCAAAAGCAUCUUUUCAAAGUGAUAUUAGGUCGAUUUAGUAAUUGACUUGAGUUAGCAUUUUAACAUGGACAAAUUUGUUUUUUAACUUUUUUUCUUUUUUUUUUAAUUUCGUAUUGCAUGUAUAUUUAUUCACCGAGAAAAGUUGUACGAAUGAAAUAUACGUUUCAGGUUGCUGAUACAAGCAAAAUUAGCUUCACUUAGAGCAAUGUGAAGCAAAAGAAUGUUAUACUUUAUUCUUAGAAGCGUGCAUCAAACAAUCGCAAUCAUGAGUCAUAUGUAUUGAGUUUAAAGAUAACGACUGAUAUUACAUUAGGAUUAUUGUACAUCGAAUUUAUAGUUAACAUUUAUAUAUUUUUAAUACGUUUUGCGACAUUCCCUUUCUCUUUUUCUUUUCUCUUUCUCUCUUCUUCUUUUUUCAAUUUUUUUUUCUUUUUUUUUUUUUAAUAAAACUGAAACGUUUAUACUACUUGUGUAGAAAUACGUAGUUCGUCAGCCGUAUUAUGCACACGAUCUAGUGCCUUAUCGAUGCGCGUAAAUGUAAUAGAUUAUCGAGACAAUAAGUACGAUUUUCUAAAAAUUACGAGCAGAAAGAAAGUACACAAAGAUGGUUAGCCUUAAAUGUUAGAUUUUGUAAUGAUACGAGUAAGACACUAUUUUCUACGAACGUGGUAAAAAACGUGAACGAGUUCGAGAGCGAACUUUUGUUAAGACUGAUCAUAUUUAAGCGUAUUAAGUCGUAGUACCGCACUAUGAUCUUGCGACCUAGUAUUAGUAACGUUUUAAGCGAGCCCAAUCGUAUUUCGUACGUUUGAUUGAAAUAAAUGUAUCAGAAGACGAAAA